CGUAUUUGUAAGGUCUAUAGUUAAGUCUUUGCCGUAAAACGGCCGGCUUUGUCGUAAAAUGCAGAGGAAGUAUUUUUGAUGUAAACAAAACAGCAGCGUCAGCUGUGCGCAUUGACGUCAAAGUUUGCAGGUUAUCACGCGCAUUGACGGCAAUGGCGGCGUCUUCUUCGUCCUCCUCGGCCGGAGGCGUUAGCGGCAGCUCGGUGACCGGUUCGGGUUUCAGCGCCUCGGAGCUCAUUCCCCCAAGGAAGGUCCUGUACACUUACCCCAAAGGAGCCGGUGAAAUGAUGGAAGACGGCUCAGACAGGUUUCUAUGCGAGUCGGUAUUCAGCUACCAAGUGGCAUCGGCACUGAAGCAGGUCAAACACGAUCAACAAGUGUCCCGCAUGGAGAAGCUGGCGAGUCUGGUGGAGGAGCUGGAAGCGGACGAGUGGCGAUACAAGCCCAUCGAACAGCUCCUGGGAUUCACGCCGUCGUAAACAAAAGCACACGCAGACGUCUUUUUUUUUGUUUUUUUUUUAAAACAGGGAUUUUUUUUCUUUAGCUAAUAAACAGACUUGGCUAAAGUACUUAUACUCUGUACUUAACAGAUUCACUGCCAUUGACGGCUUUAGAAGUCAAAUGUCCAUGUUAACUGGGAAGGCUGGCAGCGGUAAGUAGAACUACAUGUAAGGAGAGAGAAAAAAAAAAAAGACUGGGAAAAGUAGAAGUACUAAUUCAACUCAUAUACUUGCAGUAAGUAAAAAUAAAAGUACAGACUGAAAUGUACAAAAGUAAAAAUGAUUUUUUUUUACUGUCAAUUACAUACAAUAAAUGGAAGAAAACUCAUCUGCACACAAAA